CCCUGGACUCUGUUCAUGUAGCAGCAUGCUGCAGCUUCUCGCCUGCAGAAGGAAAACCUUCCAAGGCAUGGAUGGAUUUUUAAAAUCUGAUGAGAGACAACGACUAGCUAAAGAAAGACGAGAAGAAAGAGAAAAAUGUCUUGCUGCCCGGGAGCAGCAGAUCCUGGAGAAACAGAAGAGGGCCAAGCUCCAGUACGAAAAGCAAAUUGAGGAGCGAUGGCGGAAGCUGGGAGAGCAGCGGCAGCGAGAGGAGCAGAAGAGGGCUGCCGUGGAGGAGAAGAGGAGGCAGAAGCUCCGGGAGGAGGAGGAGCGGCUCGAGGCGAUGAUGCGCAGGUCCCUGGAGCGCACACAGCAGCUGGAGCUGAAGAAGAAGUGCUCGUGGGGAGCCUCACUGGCCGCGGGGCCCGGAGGACGCGAUGCAUGUGACAAACUUUCAACAUCAACCAUGAAUUUGCCAAAGCAGACGGAGCCUCCCAUGAGUAAGCGCCUGUCUUCAUCCACCGCGACAAUGUCCUAUUCCCCAGACCGAGCUCAUCGCACGCACCUUAGUCCCAUGGAAACCUUUCUUGUUAUGCGACUGUUGACACCCACACAGGCUUCUUUAGCCAGAAGCAGAAGUGCACUCAUGCUCUCUGAGCAGGCCAGUCACUCAGUAUCCCAUGCCUGUCCUCGUGUAGCUCCUGCUGGCCCCCUUAAAUCUUCCUACAAGUCUUCUCCCACUCGAAAUGCCGAGAAGAAGAAGACGACAUCUACAUCUGGCGUAGGAGAUGCUGGGAAAGGAGCCUCUGCAGGAGCGGAGGCCUCGCCGACGGAGAAGACGAAGAAGGGGCCGAGAACAACAACUUCUGUUCCCAGCGUGGGCCUCAUGUCCCCUCUGAGAAGAUGCGAUUUUCCAGCAGGCGUUUCUAAGAGGUCGUCUUCUCCUGUGACAACCAAGGCAACUUCAAAAGCAUAUCCACAGUCUCCAAAGAACGUGAAGCCGCCAUACCCAGGGUCUCCGGUGAAGUACCGCUUCCCCGCCUUUUCUGGCCAGGAAACACCCAAGAAGAAAGCAGAGAAAGAGAAGAGCAACAAGGAAAGGGAGGGCGCCCUGGCUCAGCAGGCAGCCGGCCCACCUGGGGAGGAGGCCCCAGAGAAGCACGUGGCAGACAGACACGCCACCGAGAAGCAUGAGGCCGCGGCAGGGAAGGCCGAGGGUGGUGGAGCCUCGUGGAAGCCCACAGCGGGCACCACUGAUGCAGGAGAGGCCGCAAAGAUGCUGGCCGAAAAGAGACGACAGGCCCGGCUGCAGAAGGAACAGGAGGAGCAAGAACGUCUGGAGAAGGAAGAGCAAGACAGGCUGGAGAGAGAGGAAUUGCAAAGAAAGGCAGAGGAGGAAAGACCUCGCCUAGAAGAAGCAGCCCGUAAGCAGGAAGAGGAAAAGAAGCGGCAGGAGGAAGAAGAGAAAAGGAAGGCGGCAGAGGAGGCCAAGCGGAGGGCCAAGGAGGAGCUGCUGUUGAAAGAAGAGCAAGAAAAGGAAAAACAAGAAAAAGAAAAGCAGGAAAAGGCCAUGAUUGAAAAGCAGAAGGAAGCAGCAGAAGCAAAGGCCCAGGAGGCAGCUAAACAGAUGCGUCUAGAAAGAGAGCAGAUCAUGCUACAGAUUGAACAGGAGCGACUGGAGAGGAAGAAGAGAAUAGAUGAAAUUAUGAAGAGAACAAGGAAGAGUGAUGUGUCUCUGGAAGUGAAGAAAGAAGACCCGAAAGUGGAGCUUCAGCCUGCUGUGUGUGUGGAAAAUAAGACAAAACCAGUUGUCCCCAACAAAAUAGAAAUCAAUGGCUUGAACACCUGCCAGGAAGUUAAUGGUGUGGAACGUGCUGCCCCAGAGACUUUCCCCCAGGAUGUUUUUGCUAAUGGACUUAAACCAGGUGGGGGACUUGUUCAUCUGGACACCCUUGAUGGGAAAUCAAACAGUCUGGAUGAUUCAACCGAAGAAGUUCAGUCUAUGGAUGUGAGUCCUGUUUCAAAAGAAGAGCUUAUCUCUAUCCCAGAAUUUUCACCAGUGAGUGAAAUGAUUCCUGGGGUAUCUCUGGACCAAAAUGGAACUGGUAAUGCCCGAGCACUUCAAGAUCUCUUAGAUUUCACUGGCCCCCCCAUUUUCCCCAAGAGAUCCAGUGAAAAUCUCAGCCUGGAUGACUGUAACAAAAACCUGAUCGAAGGAUUUAACAGUCCUGGCCAAGAAAAUACUCUGAACACCUUCUGUUGACAAAUACAACAUCUCUUUAAUGAAAGGUGGCGUUUGGAGAACCCAUGAAGCUGCUGGUAGUCAAAUCUGAGCUGCCGGCCCUCUGAAGAAGCUUCUGUCGUCCUUAACCGCUGGAUUCCAAACUAUUAAAUCAAAAUGUAACUGUAUUCCUACUUAGUAUGUCAAAUGCUGGCCACUCUCAGUAGACCCUUGAGACGUUGGCCUUGUCGGGCUUUAGCAGAGUUCCAUAUUACAUUUCUAUUUAUGAGCUUCAGCUGCUGAUAAAGCACUUCCUGUACUCUAUUAUCAUAGUGAUCCUCUGAAUAACCCGUGUGAUUUCGGCUUGGAAAGUCACCUUAUAACCAUUCUUAUCCCCAGACUUGGAGCAUAUAAACAUUUAGAUGUCUUUUCUUGUAAAUAUCCUAGACAUUUACCCAGACUCUACUUAAACAUAUACUGAAAACUUGGGCUGCAUAUCUCCCUGUCUGUGUUUAGAAGGAGAAGAAAUUCUGGAACAUUUCCCCCAUCUCUGGGGUUUCUUUGUUGGAAGUUACUAUCAAGAAGCCGUGUUUUAUUAUUAGACUUAGCCACCUUUAAAAUGUGUUGCCCCCCAUUGCUCCUUGGGCGGCUAGCGGAGUGAGUCUGGCUGAGUAAGGGAGCCAGUGAACCGCGUGGAAGUCCGUCUGCUCUCUUAGGCGUAUUCCUCCAGACUUGGGCACCUGAAUCUCCAAGGACCUUUUCAUGUUGUACCUUAAAUCCUCCAAGCUGUAGUCACUCCAGACCUUCAAGUGGCUUCUGGACUGAAUGAAUUGUGCACCUCCUGCCCAGGUGGUUGCUUUUCAUGUUGUUGCUGUUGUUUUUCUCUUGGCUCUUGGGGCUUUUGUUUGUUUGUUUACUCUAAUAAAACCAGGUACAAAUGAAAAGCAUAGUGCUCUGAGACAGGGGCCCCUGAACUGGACCCAAUAUGUCACUUGAACAGGCUUGAACCUAAAAACAUCUGGACGGGGGACAAAUGACGGUAGAAUGUAUACUUUACACGUUUUAUGCCAUAUAAUAAUGUGUUUUCUUCAUUUCUUGUGGUGAAAUGUGACUUUCAGAUUAAAAUAACCUUUUCUUCUUUGAAACCUUUUUUUUUGUCUUGUACAAUAAAGAGUUUAGAAAGAUCCAUAAUUCUGACUGAGGUUUGCAACCAGGAGAUACAAAAAAGGUCUCCAUAGUAAUCUUGUUCAUGUGCUCUUAAAACCAGCUACAGUGUAAGACUGUAUUAGUUAUGGAAACUGUGUACGUUUGUGUAUGUGUAUAUACUAAAUAAAAUACAUGCCUCCAAUAAUACAGUGCCAUGGAUCUUGAUGAAUAUCGGGGAAAAUCCCUUUUAUGACAAGCACAUAGAAAAUGAUAGCAUGGUCUGACUUUCAAAAAAACGCCUUGCCAUCUUUCUUAUAGCCCUAUUUUGCUAAAUGUCUGUUUUCUUGCAAUCCGUUGUACCUCACAGCACCAUUGUGAUCCUGGUGAUGCCUCAUUUGCACGAUGUGUACCUUGUGUUACCGUGAAAUACAUUUUCA